AUGGGCAAGACCAAAAUAUCAUGGGAUGAGGACGCACGAAGAGACUACCUGUUGGGGUUUGCACGACGGAAAGCGGCUCGUAAAGAGCACGCCAAAAAGGAAAUGAUAAAGGCGAAACGAGAUGAGGAAAUACAAGCCAACAAAGAGUAUCGUAAAGACAUGAAGAACUGGAUGAGCCAAUAUAAACGUUCGAGGAAAAUGAUUGUUAAAGAGAACAGGAAAUGUGAGGAACGCAACAAGGAUGAUGAUAGCAAGCAGAAAGAUGAGGAUGGUGAUAGCAAGCAGAAAGAUGAGGAUCACACGGACGAUGACACUAGUCCGCAGGAUGAGAACUUCAAGACGUUCAAUGGUUCAUUUUAUGGGCAGUCCAGAUCUGUGGUUACCGUCUCCAUUUCCAACGUUAUCCCCAUGAGUAAUUAUGAUCUUCUACGCGCCCAGAUUUUCAAGCGCUAA